UGAAAGUAGAUUGCUUGGUAAAGGGAAUUUUGGUUCUGUAUACCAAGGGACUCUCUCAGAUGGGAUGAGAUUUGCAGUAAAAGUUUUCAAGUUAGAGUUCGAAGGAGCCUUUAAGAGCUUUGAGAUUGAGUGUGAAGUUCUCCGCAACAUUCGUCAUCGAAAUUUAAUGAAAAUCAUCAGUAGCUGCUGUAAUAUUGAUUUCAAAGCUUUAGUACUUGAGUUCAUGCCUAAUGGGAUUCUUGAUAAAUGGUUGUAUUCCAACAACUAUUUUUUGGAUAUCCUGCAAAGGUUGAACAUAAUGAUAGAUGUUGCAUCUGCAUUGGAAUAUCUCCAUCAUGGUCAUACAAUGCUUGUGGUUCACUGCGAUUCAAAACUCAGCAACGUUUUGUUGGAUGAAGACAUGGUUGCACAUUUGAGUGAUUUUGGCAUUGCAAAACUCUUAUGUGAAGAGGAUUCAAUGAUAGAAACCAUGACCAUUGCAACGAUUGGCUAUAUGGAACCAGCAAAGAAUUGUGCAUCAUCCAUUUUGCAACUACCCCUAAAGUGUUCAGCAGAGUUACCUGACGAGAGGCUUGAUAUGAAGGAAAUUGCUACGAAGCUAAGCAAGAUCAAAGUCAAGUUCUUAAAGGACAUUGAACGGGUUCGAUGAAGUGGCAA